UAAUUAUAGAAAAAGAUUAAUGGCAUGAAUACGAUACUAUUGCUGAGAAUAAGUCGUUAACUUUAUUACUAUAUAUAUAAGCAAUUUCCCCCUUGAACUUCCUUUCUGUACGGUUUAACGGAACAUCAUGCCGCUCGCCAAAGAUUUAUUGCAUCCUUCCUUAGAAAAGGAAAGAAGGAAAUGUAAACUAAAACGACUUGUACAGUCUCCGAACAGUUACUUUAUGGAUGUCAAAUGCCCAGGAUGUUAUAAAAUCACCACAGUAUUCAGUCAUGCUCAGACUGUUGUUCUGUGUGUUGGAUGUUCAACUGUAUUAUGUCAGCCCACAGGAGGCAAAGCCAGACUUACAGAAGGUUGUUCAUUCAGAAGAAAACAACAUUAAUAGAGUGAUGACCUGAAGUUAUUUAUGGUUUAAAAUAAAAGAAAUUGAGCCUCA